AUGUAUAUCCGGGUCAAAGAUUUUCUACAUCCGCUUUUUUACAAGACGUGUUCUAUUUAGUGGGGGUAAAGAUGGCCGUAGAGAAGGCGAAUGAAGCAAAAACUCAGUCGAUGGAGGAAAACAAGGAGAACACCAUAGACGAGGGCCUUGCUUUAGAAAUCCUUCAGAUAAUAAAAGAUUCCCAACAGCAGCAUGGACUCCGGCACGGAGACUACCAACGCUACAGGGGAUAUUGCUCACGAAGACUGCGUCGUCUGCGCAAAACUCUGGGCUUCAGAAUGGGCAACCGGCACAAGUUUACGGGAAAAAAGGUGACCGUGGAGAUCCUGUCUGAUAACCGAUAUCUGUUGCUGGUUGUGAUGGAAGCCGAGAGGGCGUGGAGUUACGCCAUGCAGCUGAAGCAGGAGGCCAACACCGAGCCACGGAAGCGUUUCCACCUUUUAGCACGUCUCCGUAAAGCGGCCAAGCAUGGAGAGAAGCUGGAGAAGCUGUGUGAGAGCCAGCGUGUAGAUGCGAAGACCAAACUAGAGGCUCAGGCGUACUCUGCCUACCUGACUGGCAUGGUCCAGUUUGAAAUGCAGGAAUGGAAAUCUGCAAUGGAGGCCUUCAACAAGUGCAAGACUAUCUACCUGAAGCUGGCGAGUGCAUUCACCGACGAGCAGGCUGUACUGUACCAUCAGAGAGUGGAGGAGAUCUCGCCCAACAUCCGCUACUGUGCAUACAACAUCGGUGACCAGAAUGCUAUAAAUGACCUGAUGCAGAUGAGGCUCAGUGCCGGAGGAGGUGGAGGCAUGAUGGCUGAGAAGCUUGAGGCUCUGAUCACUCAGACGCGAGCGAAGCAGGCGACCACCAUGAGUGAGGUGGAGUGGAGGGGUCGCACCGUUCCUGUUAAAAUAGAUAAAGCUCGGAUAUUCCUACUGGGGCUUGCUGACAACGAGGCUGCUAUUGCACAGGCAGCCAACGAAGAGACGAAAGAGCGCCUGUAUGAGACUCUGUUGGCCGAGUGCAGAGACACCAUCCAGGCUGUGAGAGAGGAGCUGCGUACUGACGUGAAGCAGAGAGAGAGAGCCGUAGACAGUGCAGAGAGCGGAAAAGUCUCCAACCUGCAAUACCUGCACAGCUACCUGACCUACAUAAAGUUGUGGACGGUGGUGAAGAGGAAUGAGAGCAUGGCUCAGGCACUGCAGGCCAAACUGAAGGAGCCACAGACAGACGAGAACAAAAGAGGACCACGACCCCAAGAUCUGAUCCGGCUUUAUGAGAUCAUUUUGCAGAGCCUGGCAGAGCUGGCUACCCUGCAAGGUUUGGAAGAGGACCGUGCCUUCCAGAAAGAGUUGGCCCUUAAGACACUGGUCUACAAGGCUUACAGGUGCUUCUUUAUCGCCCAGUCAUAUGUCGUAGUAAAGAAGUGGAGCGAGGCAUUGGUUCUGUAUGAAAGAGUGCUGAAAUAUGCCAAAGAGGUCAGGUCCAAGGCCAAAAACCUCAAUAACAGCCUCAAGGAUCUUCCGGAUGUUCAGGAACUCAUAGCCGAAGUCAACUCUGAGAAAUACUCCCUUCAGGCGGCAGCCAUUCUGGAUAAAGAGGAUGUAACUGAAGUUUCUGCUCAGCAGCAGGUGAAAGAUAACACUCCUCUCUCUGAGCGAUUGGACAAAUUCCAUCUCGACCCAUCCCUUGUCGGAAAGCAACCGAAUCUUGUCCAGUUCCCGCCGGACUUCCAGCCUAUCCCGUGCAAGCCUCUGUUCUUCGAUCUGGCCCUUAACCACGUGGCCUUCCCGCCGCUGGACGAUAAGGUGGAGCAAAAGGGCAAGGGCGGCCUAACUGGCUACAUCAAGGGCAUCUUCGGCUUCGGCAGCUAAAUCGAGGCUUUGCUAGGCCUCGAACCUGAGAGCUGGAGGGAGUCAGCGAGCGAUCUGGACUUGCCCCCUUAAUCCCUUCCCUGUUUAUCCAUCAUGUUGUUUUGAAAUCAGUUUUGUGUACUCUAUCUCCUUUGACCUGAGAGAUCACAGAUGUGCACAGCGCACGGCUUACCUGCUUCACCAACAAAGCCGUGUAGGUCUGGGAGAGAACACCACUAGUGUUUAUAGUAGAGGUAUCGAAUUCAUACUCACGGUGGGUCCUACCAUAUCGUCUAGGUCUGUUUUAUUUAUGCAAGAAGGGCAUGGGGCACAAAGGUCGGGGGCAAUUUCGGACUAUUCCAAGCUCAAGGGUCCAUGUAUUUUCUCUAGGUAGUGAAAAAAAAAAAGAAAGAUUAAUUUAGUACUCAUUAAAGAAUUUUUUUUUUUUUUUUUUCCCCAUUAAUUUUAAAAACUGACCAGGUUAAAUACACAAGUAAGCCAUUGUUUCACAGGAACAGAGAAAUGUACACUAGACAUAGAAAACCAGUCAGUCUGCAUCUGGAACAGAUAACUGGCAUUUUAAUCAUUCAAUAAAACAUGAAAAGGACUCCGACAACUGUUCCACUGUCACAGAGCCGGUGCAGGUUUAUGGCAUUUAAGCAUUUACAUACAGCAUAAAGAUAGCUCUAGGGAUGCAUCUAUACCUUUUUUUUUCUUUUUUUUUCCCCUCCCCAGAUCAAGUACUAGUAUAUGAAUUGUGGUAUUCAUUGAUACAAAUACCAAAGCCAAGUUACCAGCUUAGUCAGUAUUAAGCAAUCAAGUGCAUCUAAGAAUAUUUGAACUGGUUAUAGAGAGCACAAGAGAUUUUACCGCUCUGUCUCUCCACAGAGUCUUAUAAAAUGACCACGUGUGCUGAUUGUGCUCUGCGUGCUCAGGUCAAACUCUCUGUUAAAGAUAAUAUUUAAACACUGUAAAAACGUUUAAUCAGGACCCUUGUGUCCUAGAAGGAUAUAGGAAUAUAAUACCAGUGUCGGUAUUGAUGCAUUCCUAUUCACUGCAUGUUCAUGCAUUUGCCAGUAAAAUGAUUGUCCUACCACUGAUCACUAGAACACUGAUUCAUGGUUACAGUAUACAUUUUGCUGUAUUUUACAACCAAAUUAGUUUGGAAUCCCUACUCACAGAAUUGUUCCGUUGAGUUUAAUGCUGGAAAAGAACUGAUUUGGUAUCCAGUAGAAGAGCAUUGAAUGAUAUCAGAUUGAGAGCCAACACUGGCACAAUGGACGUGGCUCAAAAUGACCAUAUGUAUAUAUGGAAUGGAACUUUUUAAAAUCCAUACAUCUGUCUAUUCUGUCGUAUAUAUUGUCUUAAUUUGUGGACUUGUAGAUGAAAAAUUAAUCUGUAACGUUUACUUUAGAAAAAAAAUCAUCAUUCAUUUUGUACUAAAUCAGAAUUUUUUCCAUGUAUUUUAGUAGAUGGCCAGAAAUAAAGAGGAAAAAUAUUUUUCCUAGGUUCUAGAAGUCAAUCCUUAUGUGUUUUGAGAACCUCCAGAGGCAGUGUAACAUUUUACCCCUCAGCUUAAUGGUUUCUCUCUCUUUUUCCUCUGUCUCUCUCUGUGACUAUAGCUGAGUGCUGCUGUUACUCGUAUCAACUCGUACCAAAGCAAAUCUCUGCCGUCGUUUUUUUGCAUCUCAACACUUCAUCUCUACUGUCUCAUCUAUUUUUACUUUGUUAUUUAUCAUUUCUGGCUUACUUGUUGUACCCUGACUACUUUGAUGAUUUUUUUUUCUUUUUAAUUGUUUUAAGAGAAAUUAUGUCAAAUGAAAGGAACUGAAUGGCUGAAACAUCUUUGUCAGAAAGAUGAUCCAUGAAAUGAGCGUGCUCCUAAUAAAAAGAAUAAACCAUAAAUGGAGAA